AACAGAAAGAGUCCCGAAUGAACGCAUUCCAAGAACCGAAGUUUACUUUGGUAUUAGACCAUGACUGUACUACAUCGCCGGUCACCUUGGUUACAGGAACGGAAAGAGAAUGUCAACGUGUCAUUAAAGAAAGUGUUAAUAAGACGGCAGAUUUCAGAAGUAUAUACAGACGACCGGACAAACCGUCACCUGGUAUAUCAGAGACAAUUAAAGAACAAAUGCAUAAUAUGUGUCCAUGUGACGCUCGAUCUCUAAAGAAAAGUUUGACAAAACGAUUUCCGGUCUGGAAGAUAAUGAAAAAAUACAAAUGGAGAACCGAUCUGCCAAGUGAUAUUGUGUCGGGUUUGACCGUCGGUAUCAUGCAGCUUCCGCAAGGUAUGGCGUACGCUCUUUUAGCAGAACUACCACCAGUUGUCGGUCUGUACAUGGCGUUCUUCCCCGUCCUUGUUUACUUCAUCUUCGGCACCUCCAAACAUAUUUCUAUGGGAACUGUUGCCAUAUGCAGUCUGCUGACAGGCUCUGUGAUAUCAAGAUUCUAUGACCCGGCCCUAGCGUCCACAGUUUUGGGUGUGAACCUCACUAAUACUUUGUCAGAAGAAGAGAAAAAUAUAAGUACGGACCCUAGUGAUCCGAUAGAAGUAGAACUACCGAACCAUGUGAAAUUUGACAUAGCAGCAUCGGUCUGUCUCCUAGUCGGUUUUGCACAGCUUUUUAUGGGCAUGUUCCGAAUGGGGUUCAUUACCACAUAUAUGUCGGACCCGCUGAUUGGUGGUUUUACAACCGGUUGUGCAGUACAUGUUGGUACAAGUCAGGUCAAAUAUGUGUUUGGUCUUCAUAUACCACGGUCUGACGGGAUCUUUCAAAUCAUAAAGACAUACGUCCUGAUAUUUCAUCAUAUAGGAGAAACGAAUGUGCCUACUUUGAUCAUGUCUCUGGUGUGUAUGGUGUUUAUUUACAUCAUAAAAGUACAGAUAAAUAUCAGGUUCAAAGACAGACUCAAGUUUCCGGUUCCAGUCGAACUUAUCGUGGUUGUCGUCGGUACGAUGACGUCAUAUUUUCUGAAUUUCUCCGAGAAGUAUGGGAUGAAAAUUGUCGGUGAAAUACCGAGAGGUUUACCCGAGCCGUCUUUCCCAAGUUUGCCUUCUACCAGUGUAUAUACAGCAGAUGUGUUUAUUAUAGCGAUAGUGGCCUUCUCACAAUGUGUAGGUCUAGCUGCGCUGAUGGCGAAAAAACAUGGCUACAGUUAUGAUGCAAAUCAGGAGUUGAUAGCGUAUGGUGCUGGUAAUAUUUUUGGCUCGUGUUUCUCGUGCUACCCUUACGCCGCCUCGGUAUCGAGAAGUUCCGUGCAGGAAUCGGCUGGUGGUAAAACGCAGCUGGCCAGUGUAUUUUCGGCAAUACUGGUUCUUAUUGUAAUUGUUUCCAUUGGACCAUUGUUUCAAACUUUACCUAACUGCGUUCUUGCGUCUAUCAUCACAGUAGCCUUACGAAGUUUAUUUCUACAAUUUCUAGACCUUCCAAAAAUUUACAGAACGUCUGUUUACGACUGUAUGAUCUGGAUUGUGACGUUCCUGGCAGUUGUUGUUUUACAUGUAGAUUAUGGUAUUUUACUUGGCAUGCUCUUUUCGUUCUUUACCGUCGUAAUUCGCUCACAGAGGGCAAAAGUGAAUAACCUGGAGAGGAUUGAGGCCGUCCAACUUUAUCAAGACAGUACGAAAUACGUUCAGACAGGGUCGGUUUCAGGAGUAGCUAUAGUUGGGUAUACGUCGCCGCUGUAUUACGCCAAUGGUUCGUUAUUUGUAAAGCAAGUCUAUGCAUUAACUGGUGUGGUACCGGAGAAAAAGAAGCGGCAAGUUAAGAGACAAUUAAAAGCGGAAAGAAUAAGGAUGAGUCAGAAAAAUAGUUCUGCGGCUCUUCUUCCAAACAUGAUGGCAAUGGAUGAUAGCAGUACGGAUCCUGGUGACCUAAUAAGACAAACGAUUGCGUGUGCAUCUCUGAUGGAAGACAAUAUGUUACACCACAUCAUACUUGACCUUUCAGGCGUGGCGUUCAUUGAUUCUGUUGGCGCGAAAGUUUUAAGACAGCUUGUAGAGGACUACCAGUCUGUCGAUGUCGAAGUUUUGUUCAGUAAUAUUAACGAUGAAGUAUGGAGGGUAAUGGAGACAACAGAUUUUAUCAAGUCAUAUGAAGAACGAAUGUAUUUGACAACUGACGACGCCCUCGAUGCCAUAAAUCGGAAGAUGCAGCGAGCAAAUGAACUAGGGCAAAUUUUAAACAGAGGCAGACGCAACCGGGACGAGGAUGACGACGAAUUAUUGACAAACAGAGUGUCUGUAAUCUAAAUUACAUAUUAAAUAGAAGUGUAAGUUGAAAAUAUAAC